GUCUUUAAACGAUUGUCUUUAAUGCCGCUCUGCAAUAAUACAUCUAAUAAAAUUUAGUGGUGUAAAUUCAUUCAACAAACCAAAACACUAAGUGGACCAUAUGGUCACAUGCCACAUGACGUCUUAAGACUUAAGCUCCCUACCACCUAGUCUACGAAGUAGGUUACACACUUCAGUUCCGCGCCGCCACAUAAACAAUCCAUACUUACCAUCACCGACAGUGUUGUAUUAGGUAUUUCAAAAAUGAAAGCAAUUCUCGUUUUGGCUGUCCUCUGUUUGGCAAUUUGUGAAACCUUUGCCGACGACACAUUAGAAUGCUACCAGUGUAAUCCUGUGACCUCCGAAUGCGAAGUAGGCAAAGCCGAUUCGAUUAAAUGCGGAAAGACUAACGCUUCAAAAUGUCUGAAGCAAAUCAGGAAAGGAACUUCCGAUGAGACUAAAGCUAUCAGAAAAUGUGUUGUCCCCGAUGGUAGUGGUAAUGUGGCUUGCCCAAAUGGUUUUGAUUGUCAUGUCUGUGAUUCGGAUAUGUGUAACACCGGAUCUGUAACAAAAGUUACGUGGGUUAGCGUAAUUGGUGUUUUCUUGGCCGUCCUGCAUAUGUAUUAAUCUUAAUUUGUUGUUAAUUUAUUUGAAGCAUAAGUUGUUGUAGAGGUAAUAAAACUAACUAGAAUCUU